GAGCCCAAGUGCACUUCCGGGUUCGGCCACAAGAGCAGCCAUUGUCCCGCGCGCGGACGCUUGCUGUCGCCGAGCAGCUCGGCCCUUCAGACUUAACCCCCAGCGGCCUUGCGGAUGCUGACUAGGAGAGGGGACCGAACUAGCUUAACCCGAGUCGGCCGUGUUGCAGAAUCGGGGCAGGGGGUUGCCUAACCCGAGUUCGUCCUGCCGCAGAGCCGUGCUAGGCACUGAGGCGGUGACAGGCCCAGCCUGGGCUGCGGGCCAGCGGACGCCCAGGUUGGUAGGGGCGUGGGGCAGCGCUUGGUGUCCGAUGCGCGCGUGCGCAGGGUCUACGCGGGAAGCUGGAAGCGGUGCUCAGGACCUCAGCACCCUGCCGUGCCUGGAGGAGAGCAUGGAAGAGCAGGAUGAGAAGCCCCCAGAGCCCCUGAAGGCCUGUGCACAGGAUUCUUUCCUUCCUCAAGAGAUUAUCAUCAAAGUCGAGGGAGAAGACACUGGGUCUCUGACCAUCCCAUCUCAGGAAGGAGUGAACUUCAAAAUUGUGACUGUGGACUUCACACAGGAGGAACAGGGUACUUGGAACCCUGCUCAGAGGACCCUGGACAGAGAUGUCAUCCUGGAGAACCACAGGGAUCUAGUCUCUUGGGACUUGGCAACUGCAGUUGGAAAAAAAGAUUCAGCUUCAAAGCAGAGGAUUUUUGAUGAAGAACCAGCUAAUGGAGUGAAGACAGAAAGGUUUACAAGGGAUGAUCCUUGGUUAUCUUCAUGUGAAGAAGUUGGUGAUUAUAAAGACCAGUUGGAGAAGCAACAGGAAAAACAAGAGAUACUUUUGCAGGAAGUGGCAUUCACUCAAAGGAAAGCAGUUAUUCAUGAGAGAGUCUACAAAAGUGAUGAACCUCGGGAGAAGAGUGGUCUGAAUUCCAGUCUAUUUUCAUCCCCAAUUAUACCCAUAAGAAACCAUUUUCAUAAACAUGUAUCACAUGCUAAAAAAUGGCAUCUUAAUUCUGCUGUAAACAGUCAUCAGAAGAUUAAUGAGAAUGAGACACUGUAUGAAAAUAAUGAAUGUGGAAAACCCCCUCAGAGCAUUCACCUUAUUCAGUUUACAAGAACUCAAACAAAAGAUAAAUCCUAUGGGUUUAGUGACCGUAUUCAAUCUUUUUGCCAUGGUACACCCCUACAUAUACAUGAAAAAAUUCAUGGAGGAGGAAAAACCUUUGAUUUUAAAGAACGUGGGCAAGUUUUGAACCCCAAAAUAUCCCAUAAUGAACAACAGAGAAUUCCUUUUGAAGAGAGUCAAUAUAAAUGUAGUGAAACCUCUCAUAGUUCCUCCCUUACUCAAAACAUGAGAAAUAAUUCUGAAGAGAAACCUUUUGAAUGUAAUCAGUGUGGGAAAUCCUUCAGCUGGAGCUCUCAUCUUGUUGCACAUCAGAGAACUCACACAGGGGAGAAACCUUAUGAAUGUAGUGAAUGUGGAAAAUCCUUCAGCCGGAGCUCGCACCUUGUUUCCCAUCAGAGAACUCAUACUGGAGAGAAACCUUACAGGUGUAAUCAAUGUGGGAAAUCCUUUAGCCAGAGUUAUGUCCUUGUUGUGCAUCAAAGAACUCAUACUGGAGAGAAGCCUUAUGAAUGCAAUCAAUGUGGAAAGUCAUUCAGGCAGAGCUAUAAACUUAUUGCACAUCAAAGAACACAUACCGGAGAGAAGCCCUAUGAAUGUAAUCAAUGUGGGAAAUCAUUUAUCCAGAGCUAUAAACUUAUUGCACAUCAAAGAAUUCAUACUGGGGAAAAACCCUAUGAAUGCAAUCAGUGUGGGAAAUCCUUUAGUCAAAGUUAUAAACUUGUUGCUCAUCAGAGAACUCACACAGGAGAAAAACCCUUUGAAUGUAAUCAGUGUGGGAAAUCCUUCAGCUGGAGCUCUCAGCUUGUUGCACAUCAAAGAACUCACACUGGAGAGAAACCAUAUGAAUGUAGUGAAUGUGGAAAAUCUUUUAACCGCAGUUCUCACCUUGUUAUGCAUCAGAGAAUUCACACUGGGGAAAAACCGUAUGAAUGUAAUCAGUGUGGGAAAUCCUUCAGCCAGAGUUAUGUUCUUGUUGUACAUCAGAGAACUCAUACUGGAGAAAAGCCCUAUGAAUGCAGUCAAUGUGGGAAGUCCUUCAGACAGAGUUCAUGCCUUACUCAACAUCAGAGAACUCAUACUGGGGAGAAACCAUUUGAAUGUAAUCAGUGUGGAAAAACAUUUAGCUUGAGCGCUCGACUUAUUGUGCAUCAAAGAACUCAUACUGGAGAGAAACCCUUUACAUGUAUUCAGUGUGGAAAAGCUUUCAUUAAUAGCUAUAAACUUAUUAGGCAUCAGGCAACUCAUACUGAAGAGAAACUCUAUGAAUGUAACUAGUUUGUAAAUCAGCUGGGAUUUAUUCCUUUUUAUUUCAUUCUUUUAAAAAAUUUAUUUUAAGGUAGUACAUGUAGUUGGAAGAACUACUAUAAAAACAAUAUAUGUGGGAAAACUUCCAGCCCUCUGUUAAUUGUGUGUCUCAAAUUUGUUCUGGAAAAGAAAGGGGGAAAGUCUAUGAAUGACUUUUCAACCUGGCAAUUCCAUAUACAACGUUAAACUUGAUUCUUGUGACAUAUUCCUAUGAAAAUAAUAAAUACUGGCACUUUUCCUUGCAGAAAGCACUCAGACCUGAAUCAGAGAAAAUCAUAUGCCAAAGCCAACUGCCAGUGUUAGACCUCUUUUUCCACAAAGAGUAAAUGGAAUGCUAACACUAGUGGGCUUAUUGAGAAAAUUGAAAGGUUGCUGUAGUGUUUAGAACUUAGGCUGGAAAACCAUAUUUUAGUGCAUCAUUUUACUACAUGAUCUUCCAAUUAGAUAGCUUGUAAUCUGUUCCUUACAGCACUUGCUGUUGUUACAUGUGAAGAUUUUAUAAAUUUUAGGAAAGUGUCUAUGAUAUAUAGUGAAAAAUGUGGGAAAAGAAUAUAGAAAUAAUAUUCACUUCUAAAACCAUUAUGAUAAAAUAUUUUUGUAUGGAUUAGAAUAGAAAGGGAUUAUGGAUGUAUCUAUUCAAUUUCUCAGUUUAUGUUGGGCCUUCCUUUUUGCAAUGUACGCUGUUAUGCUAUGAUAAAUGAUAUAAUGAGUAAAAAUUAUUCAAAACCAAAAAUGAAAUACAAAGAUUUCCUUCUUUGACUAUUUAGGAAAGACUAAGCAACCAAAUAGCAAAGAUCCCUCAGGAUAAUGAGGUUUAUGUUUGGAAUAGCAUGAGCAGAUUACUACUUAGGACAUAGAUUCCUAGGAACAUUGCUCAUUGAAAAUAAAAUAGAUUCCUGGAAAUAGGUAACUAGAAAUGUUGGCCAGAAAUGGUUUCAUAUGAAGAACUGAGAAUGCGUGGGAAGUAUAGAGGGCAAGUGGGCUUAUUUUCAUAUAUGCAAAGCAAUAUUAAGGAACUCUAUUUUCAUGUUUUAGUUCUUCCCCUCAUGUAGUAUUGUCUCUUUCCUCUGGGAUAUGUUCCGUGAUGUGAGAGUCCUCUGAAUAGAAGGGUGCUUCCCUGGCUCAGUGCUGACUAUCUAAAUUAUGCUUGCAAAAAUGCUUUCAUGAGGCAAGGUUUUAGUUACUCUUUGAUAUUUAAGAUUUGAUUAACAUGUCUUUCUGACCUUUCCCUUGAAUCAUGAAUUUGAAUCCUGUGGAUCACCAUAUAUUGAAGCCUCUGAUCCCAGAAAGGUAAUAAGCUGAAAGUUGAACUGAGAGACCAGAUAAUAGAGGUUGAUACCCUUGGGAUAGGAAAGAAAACUUAAAGGGUAACUGAUGGGGUUAUCCUUAGCAAAAUUCUAUCCCUAUGAGAUGACCCUAAGUGGAGCCAUCUCUAUGAGAAUUAAUCCAGAGAUUGUUGCACACCUGGCAGUGUCAGGUCUGGGAAAACAGUUGCUGAUGUUUUCAUGGAGUGUGAAAUACUGAAAGCUGCAGGCAUCCCUUGGGGACCACUGACCCACACUUUGAAAACCCUGAAUGAGUCUGAAAGAAGUUCAGUAUCUCUUGGGAAGGAUGUGUUCCAGGCUCCAGGCCUAGUCUUACAUGGCCAGUGGGGUUGAAAGACUGUGCCCCUGCAAUGGUCUUUUCCUAAGACAGUUGAACAAAGUUCCAAAUCUGUCUGUCCUAUUUUAACCAUCUUUAAGAAGCACAAAGGGGAUAUGAGAAAAACAAAUGCUGAAAUGAAAAUUUUAACUGAUAUCUUACUUAUCUCACAAGUCGUGUAAAGAAAGAAAUGAUAUGGUUGAAUAUUAGAUUAGAUGGUUUAAUGAUGUUUUGAGUGUUAUAUAUGAGCUAUGAUGAGACCUAGAAAAUAAAGUAAAAAUAAAAAAUAUAUAA